GCGAGGUGGCCCGCAUGGCGCUGGGAGCCGCGCUGCGGGCACGGGCGGGCGGCGGCCUCACGCACCGCUGGGUGCGGUGCCGGGCGCGGGCGCGGGGCGACGAGGACGCCCAGGCCGUGCUGGACGCGGAGGCCGAGGCCCCGGGGCGCGCGGACCCCGAGGGCGCACAGGGCCCGCACCCGGCCUCGCGCCCGGAGCCCCAGCCACAGGAGGAGGCGGCGCCCGGGGAGGCGCGCGGGAAGCGGCGCCGACGGCGGCUGAAGAAGUGCGGCAAGAACGUGGGCAAGGUCGUCACCAAGGGCUGCCGAUACCUCGUCCUUGGCCUGCAGAGCUUUGCCGCUGCCUACUCCUCCCCGUUCGCAGUGGGCACCAGCGUGGUGUCCCUUGUGCGCUAGAGGACCCUGCGCCUUUCGGACUUGGACUCGCAGAGCACGAGCACUGAGCACCGGAUGAGAAGCUGCCUUCCUUGUUGGGUCGGAUGGGUCAAGCGCCAGCCAGCCUGCCGCCUCCAGCGGGCUGCCAGACACUGGCCUGAGGGGCCCACCUGGGGCCAGGGGAGUUGGUCCCUGGGACACUCAUCCUUCGGGGAAGGCGGCAGGGUGGGCUGGAGACUGAUUUGGGCAGGGUGGGCUGGAGACUGAUUUGAGCAGCGUGGGCAGCCGAUGGCCGCUCCAGAGCAGGAAUCUCCUGCACAGGGCGCGGGCUCCCGGGCCGCCCAGGGCCCUGGCUUCCUGACUUCUGAGGCUGAGCAAAGCAGCUGUUUAUUUCUCAAGUCAUUCUCUCCCACCCUGUCACUCCACCACUCUGUCAAGGGAGUUUCAUCACAGGCUCAGGAAGAGGGAGGGAGGGAGGGAAGGAAGGAAGGAAAGGACAGCCUCCCUUUGAAGGCGCUGAGGAUUGCCUCCUGCAUUCUCAGCUGGGCCACAGAAGGGGGAGGAAGCCUCUCCUCGGUGCCUGGACCCUGGGAGAGUGGGGGGCACAGGAAGCUGGGACGGGUGAGGAUUCAGAAGAGGAGCCAGAAAGUAGCAGACGGUUGGAGGAUGUGGAAGAGGGCAGGAAGGGUGUCAGAGGAGCAGCAGGGGCAGGUGGGGAAGUCCAGUGUCGGGGGGCCCAGGCAGCUGGGGCUGUAGUUCUGGGGGACCGGGGGGGCUGCCAGGGCCCAUGGCGGGGCUCGGCCCUCUGUGGCCCGCAGGCUCACACUCGGGUGUGGAGCGCCCUGUCCUGCCCUGUGCAACCAGCUGACGCGGACUCCCUGGAUCCCGAGGUUGGGGUGCUUGAGGUCCUGGCCCUGUCAGCGCAGCCUGCACUCUGAGUUGCUUGAGGGAGGUGGAGGGUGGAGAAGAUCCCUCUGCCCUCUGCUGACCCCUGCGACAGGCUGAGUUCCAGCUGUGCCCAGAAUAUCCAGAGGCCUGGAUGCUCCUGCCUCAGCCACCCAGCCCAGCCAGGGCCCGCCCGGGGGGCAGGGAAGCCGUAGAGGGACGGAUGGAUGGAUGGGCUGGUGGAGAAAACGGUGACUGGAGGUGAGGUAGGGUAGAAGGAAUGAAGCCAGGGAAACGAGGCAAAGACCAGAAUUUUAAAAUUGUGUUUUUCAGAAAAACUUCAGCUUUAGGACACAAAAGUUGCUCAAGCCUUUUUUCCUUUCAGGAAACUCAAUUUUUUUUUUUUUUUGGUACCGGGGAUUGAACUUGGGAACCACUGAGCUCAAUCCCCGGCCCAAGGAAACUCAAAUUAUUUAUCCCCAAGGGCCGUAAAGAUACAAUGAGCCUGUAAAUUGGGCUUCCAGGGGCCUGUAUUUUUUACUUUUUUUUUUUAGGACAGGGUCUCACCAUGGAGUUCAGGCCAGCCUUGGACUCAUUAAGCAACCCAGGCUGGCCCCGAAUUCAUGGAAAUCCUCCUGCCUCAGUGUCCAAGUGCUCGGAUUACAGCUGUGUGCCGCUGUGCCUGGAUUUUACUUGUUUACUAUACUUUCUCCCACAAACUUCUACCUUCAGGGAGGCAGCAGUGUUAGCGGGCGGUAGAUCCCAACUUCGGGCUUGUGGAAAUCGUGUUCUGAUGAGCAACGUGACAGACAGUAGCAACACACAUCCCAGGCACCCCUCUCGGCCCGCAGGCCCCAUAACUGCGCCCAGCUCCGACCAUAGGCACCCCCCCCCCUCCAGGACUCGCAGGCUGUGUGUGUCUUUCAAUGUACGCUUUUAAAAUGUUUGUCUAAUAAAUUCCUUCGUGCCUCUUCUAA